CAUAACUGUCCCGGACGUUGACUGCAGCAUAUGACGGACUGAAAUAAUAUAUAAGAAACUAUCAACAUGGGGCAGGACACCAAUAUACUUGUUCUGGUUGUCAUCUUUGUGUUGCUUCCAGAUAAAACACUAGGGUAUGAUGUUUCGCUCAGUGGGAACGCAGUGCGCUCACGCCCAUUAGAAAUGUAUCUAAACAUAGGAACAAUAAAUACAGUAGUGACCUUGUCACGACCAGAUGGAUUUCAGGUUGGAGUCUGUUUAGCACCGAAUGGUGGAGUAAGUGGAGGAUGUACUACAGGUUUAACACAGGAUUUAACAACUGGAAUAACGACAUACAGUAUAACAUCUGUAUCACGGACCACAGAUCAAGGUGUUUGGACAAGUUCACAUGGGAAUGACACUGGAAGUAUUAAUAUCACGGUUUUAACCAUUCCUACAGUAAACGUAAGCGAAUCAGUAUCCUCUAUGACAUUAUCGUCCGGUACCAUUAAUACCAAACGUUUGAACAUCAGUGUGACGUGUGCAUAUUCAGCAGUCUCACUUGGCUUGUCAUUUGUGCCGACUGGAGGAGGUACUGCAAUCGAUGCCCCAUCAUCAACAUCAACAUGUACCUCUACUGGUAACACAGGAUGUACUGACACAGAUGCCAACAGUUACACCUGUGACAUUACACCACAACAUGAGGCAACUCUGUCAGCUGGUACAACAUACUACAUACAAGAAGCAAUAGAUCUCGAUGGGCAGUACCAAUCUCUAGGACUAAACUCUAUCAUUACUGAUACAGAGAUAAUGGUACCAGAUUAUACAACCUUGCCCUAACCUAACAGAUGUAAUUCUAAACUGUGUCCAUUAUGAAAUGAGCAUUA